CUAAAGGUUCCAAGUACUGCUUAUAUAUCUAACAAGAAAUAUCUCGACGUAAAACGACAAGUUUCAACAGUGAGUUGGGGUCACCACUGAAGAUCAUGAGGAUGCAUUGUAUUGAUUGAUUGAUUGAUGCACACAUUCCCGCUUUUUUACUAUAAAGCAAAGCCAUUAGCUCAGUUUACUGAUCAUCACUCAUUCUUCUCGCACGGAAAGGAUAACAAGAUAACAAGAUUUUUUUAGAGCAUGGCUUCAAUUCAAGCUACUUUAACGUCCGGAGGAACAGGAUACAGAACUGGAGGGAAUUAUGUUGUUGCUCCGGUGAAGUUUCUGAAUGGCUCAUUCUUAUCUGGGACUGAUGUAACAGGACAAAUUGCUCCGAGUUGUACCAAGAAGCGUUCUUCAUCUUCGAUUCAUCGCCCCUCGGGCAUUAGAGCUACUAUGACGUUUGAUCCUCCGGCGACCAAUGCUGAAAAAUCUAAGCAAAAGAAGAAGCAUACGGUUGAUCCUAAUUCCCCUGAUUUCCUACCUCUCCCAUCCUUCCAGGAAUGCUUCCCCAGAAGCACUAAGCAGUACACGGAAGUUGUUCAUGGCCCUUCUGGUCAUCUACUCAGGGUUCCGUUUCGGCGUAUCCAUCUAUCAGGAGAUGAGCCCCAUUUUGAUGCUUAUGACACCAGUGGCCCCCAAGAUGUUAGCCCCCGGAUUGGUCUUCCAAAACUGCGCAAGAACUGGAUUGAUAGAAGGGAACAGUUGGGGGCACCACGCUACACCCAAAUGUACUAUGCUAAACAGGGUAUCAUAACUGAAGAAAUGGCUUUUUGUGCUGCUCGGGAAAAUCUUGAUCCAGAGUUUGUGAGGUCAGAAGUUGCUCGUGGCCGGGCAAUCAUUCCAGCAAACAAGAAUCACCUGGAGUUAGAACCGAUGAUUGUUGGAAGAAAUUUCUUGGUGAAGGUCAAUGCAAAUAUCGGAAACUCUGCUGUUGUAAGCUCCAUUGAGGAAGAAGUGCACAAACUUCAAUGGGCAACAAUGUGGGGUGCUGAUACUAUUAUGGAUCUCUCAACAGGUCGGCACAUCCAUGAAACUCGCGAGUGGAUCCUUCGUAACUCUGCUGUGCCAGUUGGGACUGUGCCAAUCUAUCAAGCACUGGAAAAAGUGAAUGGAAUUGCAGAGAAUCUAACUUGGGAAGUUUUCAGAGACACCUUGAUUGAACAAGCUGAGCAAGGUGUAGACUACUUCACCAUCCAUGCCGGUGUCCUACUCCGUUACAUCCCACUGACAGCAAAGCGCAUGACUGGAAUUGUUUCCCGUGGAGGUUCGAUUCAUGCAAAGUGGUGUUUGGCUUAUCACAAGGAAAACUUUGCUUAUGAACAUUGGGAUGAAAUACUGGACAUAUGCAAUCAAUAUGAUAUAUCGCUGUCGAUUGGUGAUGGUCUGAGACCUGGUUCAAUUUAUGAUGCAAAUGACACGGCCCAGUUUGCGGAGCUCCUCACCCAAGGGGAAUUGACUCGCAGAGCUUGGGAGAAAGAUGUACAGGUCAUGAAUGAGGGACCUGGACAUAUACCUAUGCACAAGAUCCCCGAGAACAUGCAAAAGCAGUUGGAAUGGUGUAAUGAAGCACCAUUCUACACUCUUGGGCCUUUGACAACUGACAUUGCUCCUGGAUAUGAUCACAUAACUUCAGCUAUUGGGGCAGCCAAUAUUGGGGCCCUUGGCACUGCACUUCUAUGUUAUGUGACACCUAAGGAGCAUCUUGGCUUGCCAAAUAGGGACGAUGUGAAAGCUGGAGUUAUAGCAUACAAGAUAGCUGCACAUGCAGCUGAUUUAGCAAAAUGCCAUCCUCAUGCUCAAGCCUGGGAUGAUGCACUAAGCAAGGCAAGGUUUGAGUUCCGCUGGAUGGACCAAUUCGCAUUGUCAUUGGACCCAAUGACUGCCAUGUCCUUUCACGAUGAAACCUUGCCAUCUGAAGGAGCUAAAGUUGCUCAUUUUUGCUCAAUGUGCGGCCCUAAAUUUUGCUCUAUGAAGAUAACAGAGGAUGUGAGGAAAUAUGCUGAGCAGCAUGGCUAUGGAAGUGCAGAAGAAGCUGUCAAGCGCGGGAUGGAUGCCAUGAGUGCUGAGUUCUUGGCUGCUAAGAAAACUGUUAGUGGGGAACAACAUGGUGAGGUUGGUGGAGAAAUCUAUCUCCCUGAGACAUAUGUGAAGUCUCCGGAAAGCUGAAGGUAAGAGUAGUUUUGGCCUUUAACUGUAACCUGGUACAUUGAUGAAUUACAUUCAUAAAUAAUUAAAAAGUACUAAGAAAUUUCCAUGCAAGACAGGACAAUCUACUGUCAUUAGAUAGUUACAUUUAUCUAUUAUGUGUAAUUUGCCUUUGGUAAACUAGAGAGAAGAAUAUCUUUCUGACAAACAUGAUCUCUUCAUCAUAAUCUGUUUACCAGUCCCAUCCUUUCGCAAUGUAAAUCAAAUCAUUUCUGACUUUUUGCAGGACUGUGUAAAAGAUUGGUCCAAUGUUGUGCGAUUUCAGCUGGACUCAGUCAGUUUAAGAGAAUGGCGUAGGAUAUAUGUCAUCAAGAAGUAGGUAAGUGUGUAGACUAGCUAGCAAAAUAACUUGCAACGACAUUUCCUUGUGGAUUAUGUCUAGAAAUGUCUAGGUUGCGACCGAAUGUUGUCAGCAGUACCAAUCUUUUUCUUUUAUGUUCAAUGUCAUCAAGUUCGCUGUUCGUUUAUUGACUCGAGAUUGCACCAGGGGUGUCUGAUCGAUAUGCCAGCACCACGGCUGUUUUUAGUCGCGAUGUUUGGCUCGACAGGCUGAGAUAGUCCCUUUGAACCUGAACAGGAUAAUGCCUGCGUAGGGAGUGUGCACUUUCUUCUCCUGUGUCUUUUACAGGGUUGGGAGUUCAUGCUGAUGCACUUGGAGCAAAGUUUCAGUAUCAAUGUAUCAUGGUCACUCGUGAUCGUGUUGUUCUCCUCACCGUCGAAAGUUUAAAAAUUCAACAGAAAUAAACCAAAAAAUAAAAAGUAAAAAAUUAUUGGUUAGAAACAACAGAAACUAAUUAUGAAGCAUAUGAUUGGAGAACAAAAAUAUUGAUCGAUAUUGUCAAAUUAUAUACUCCCUCCGGUCCUUAUUAUAAAACAUUUUGAUUUUGUCUUUAAGUUUCACUUAAAAUAUCUUUUUAAUUGGAAUAAAACCUUAAAAAUAUUUCACUAUAAUUAGAAAAAUACAAUGAAUGUGAAAAUAUAUUUUUAAGAUUUUUUUCUAAUUAACAAGACAUCUUAGAUUAAAUCUAGGACGAAAUCAAAAUGCCUUAUAAUAAGGAUCGGAGGGAGUAUAACUCUAUACUUCAAGCUCACGAAAAAGUGAGUUCAAGCUACUUCAAGCUAAUGAAUUUAGUCCCUUUUAGUCCUUAACAUAAGUCAUUUUGAUUUGUUUUAUUGAACUUAGUACAUAUUUUUAAUUAGUAAAAAAAACUUAAAAAUAUUUCAUAAUAUAAAGAGAAUACCAAUGAAUGUGAAAAUAUAUUUUUAAGAUUUUUUCAUCAAUUAAAAAUGUGUACUAGAUUAAAUUUAAGACAAAAUCAAAAUGGUAUUAACCAAGCAAAUGUAAGGAAGCCGUUGAUAAAUUCAACGCCAUCAACUAUUCAAUGCCGUAAUAAAAAUUUGUUGCACCAAAUGUAUAAAUCGCAUCUUUAUGGAGGCAAUUCAAACAGUAGAUAUUUUGAUAAAUCCUCGGGUUUUUAGAUAUAUAUAUAUAUAUAUAUAUAUAUAUAUAUAUAAAAGGGGACCUUUGAGUUAACACGUAGUAUUUCCUAAGUGUUUUGGCUUCUAAUUUAUUAAAAAUCCAAUGUUAAAAAAGAGUAAACUGAAGAAUACUUCAAAUGAAAAGAGAGAAGAUGAAGAUUAUAUGAACAAAAGGGGGGGAAAAAAGAAGAAGAAGAAGAAUUGUUCAAUUCAAUGCUUUCCAUUCCGUUCUUUAUGAAAGGUGUACAAUUCUCUCAUAGUCAUCAACCUCUCAGUUCAUAUCAUGAGUAUUAUUAAUAUACGGGAGUUCUUUCCGUGUUGGAUGGUUAUUUUGAUUGGUAUUCUUCGUAAAUAUAUCUUGAGAACAAAAAAUACAAUAUUUUAGCCAACCACCAGUAAAUACCGUUGACC